AGAACCUAUUCAUUUUGGAAUCGUCCGGGGAAAAGGAAAAAUCAGCUGUCUUUGGCCAAAAUGCAUUCCGUGAACUUUGAAAAAAUUUUCCUGACUGUUGCAAUUCUUGCACCGGUCGGAAUUUUGGCUCAAACCUUGGAAGCUUCUUUGCCGCCGGGUUUCAUGAUUUGCGGAGACCAGAUAAUGGAUCCCGCCAAGGGUUCGAAAGUUCGCUUCUGGUGGGGCUACCAUGAAAUGGACCCAUCGAGACUGUUUUUCGUUGUCGCUGCGAAGGCCAAGGGUUACGUUGGCAUCGGUUUCAACAAUCGCGAACAAAUGAAGGGCGCCGACAUGGUUCUCGGUUGGAUCACUUCUAACGGCACUGUUACAUUUGAGGAUCGAUUCGGAAGCACAGACUUUGCGUCACCCAUCUUAGACAAAGAGCAGAACGUGAAGCUCGAGGUGGCCAAGGAAAAUGCAACCCACACUUUGUUUGCUUGGACCCGACCUGCGAAAACAUCCGACACCUCCGGCCAAGACUGGCAGAUCAAUAAUGAGAUGAUAGAAGUUUUGUGGGCUUAUACUGAUGAAGAUCCUAUUGGAGCUCCAGCCAUGCACACGGAGAGAGGACACAUGAAGUUGAAUCUCGUGGAAAAACAUCCUACUUUGGGGAAACCUUGAGCGAAAUAAUAAUAUAGUAAUCUAUCCUCUGGCUUUAUCCAGAAAACAAUACUCAAUUUUCCUGGAAAUAUGAGUGGCAUAAGAAUGCAUUUCGAAAAGGAAGCUUAUUUGAGCAUGCAAUAAAUUCUUUUUAAGCAUCAAAAA